CAUUCGUUCGUGUCGAUCGUGGGGGAUUUCCAGGGUGCUGGCAAUGGGAUUGGAUGCUCCAGUGGCAGAGGUCUCGGAAGCUCCAUUCCUUACGUUCUGCAACAGGAAUGCCAAAGCCUUAGGAGCGACAGGACAGCAGGAGAGUGGUCUCCAGGAUAGACCAUCCGCGCAGCAGAUUGGUGGGAAGUUUGACAAAAUUUGCAUUCAGCGCACACAGGAGUUUAUGCGCACAAUUAAAGGAGGUCAGAUGGACCCUCUACCUACAAAACUCGAGGAGUUUCGCUCUAGAGAAUAUUGGGAUAGUUUCUUCCGCAAGUUGGACAAGAAGGCCUUCGAAUGGUAUGGGGAGUGGGCCGAGCUGCGCGACCUGGUGAUGUCAGCAUGCUCCCCCGGGCUCGACAUUCUGGUGGCCGGGUGUGGCAACUCGGAGCUCUCGGCUCUAGUUUACGACCAGGGUUGCACGCGCGUCACCAACAUCGAUUUCUCGAAGGUGUGCAUUGUGGAGAUGCUCAAGAAGAACGUGCGUGCGCGGCCCAAGAUGCGAUGGCUCGUCAUGGACAUGACCAAGAUGCAGUUCCCCGACGCAUCAUUCGACGUCAUCAUCGACAAGGGGGGCCUGGACGCGCUCACUGGGGAGCCCGGGGAUGAAGGGGCGUCUGCGGGGGCUGCAUUUCUGAAGGAAGUCAAGCGGGUUCUUCGGCCCGGGUCCGGGCGGUACCUCUGUGUCUCUCUCGCUCAAAAGCACGUCAUUGAUCUUCUCCUCACGACGCUCGGCCCCGGCUGGCACGUGACCAUUCACCAGGUGCCUCUCCCUGCGGACGGCUCGGACUCCCCUUUCCGGACCUACUUUUUGGACGUCCGAAGCAUGGCCACCUCCCCAAGCGCCGGCCGGCGCUUCUACCCAGUCACCCUUGCUUUCGACAAAGCACAAAUCGCGGGAACUAGAAGAGCGGGUUCAGAAAUCACGGAGGCGCGAGAAAGCCAGCUGCGGGAUCUGAUGGCGGCCGUCGCUCGAUUUAACGAGCGUUGCUCACGUCAGCAGGACGCGUGUCAGCCCCUCGAGCCGGCGGCCGACGACUUUGAGGCGUACCACCCGGGCCGAAGGGCGGUUUGCUACCUCGGUCUCGAUAACCAGGUCGCUAACCCGACCCAGAGCCGAGCCCGGUACACGGCCACGGUCCUUGAUGCCGCGUCAACGAACCAGAACGGAACGGCAGCGGAAACAGAACGGAAGCACAGCGGAACCGAUAGCAGCUCGUCCGAGUCGUCUGCGUCAACGAGUAUGGGGAGCGCGCCCGCGCGCGCGCACCGGUGCGCGGUUUUCCUUGUCCCUCAGGGACGGGAACACGAAUGGUUAUUCGCUUCAGAAGAGGGCCAGUGGCAGUUAGUUGAGCAGGCUUCGGCUGCACGGUUGAUCCUGGUUACGCUUAACCGGGGUCACCGGUUUGGGUCCAGUGAGGAGGUGCAGUCGGAGCUUUCCCCGUUAGUGGAAGGGUUAGCGCCGCUGCCAUGCCGACGGGAGCGGAGGGUAAUUCCGUACUUGACAACGAACGACGGGAUCGGGAAAAGGACGAUACUGGACGAGGCGGAGUCGCAAAUCACGGGGCCCAUCGUGGUGGAAGACGUGGAGCUCGACUCCGGGUCGCAGGGCACGUUCCGGCGCCUCGUCUUCACCCGGAACCAAAACCUGGUCCAGUCCGAGGCCGCGCUGACGUCACCACCCACGUCAGCAAACGGAGACGCCGCGUCGAAGAAGAAGGGGGGAAGGAAAGGCGGGGGACAAAGGGGGGAGGUCGGAGAGCGGGCGGUGGACCACAGUCUGCUGACGAGCGAGUAUCACGCGGCGAUGGUCGCGGGACUGGCGCUCGUUAUGCCGCUGCUGGAGGGUUACGAGGAGACGAACGGAAUGGCUCGAGUGCUGGUGAUUGGGCUUGGUGGUGGGGGGCUGCCCAUGUUUCUUCACAACCACUUGCCGCUGCGAGUCAAGGUAGUCGAACUGGACCCUGUUGUGGCUCAGAUGGCGCAGCGUCACUUUGGUUUCGUCGAAGACGACAGAAUGCAGCUCGAAAUAGGGGACGGCUUGAAAGCGGUGCACGCCAUCACGGCCAGCGUAUCCACAGCCAAUGGAACGCCGCCAUGUGGCAACGGCGCUUUUCCGUCAGAGAACCACCAAGUCGGUUCAGUCCAGUCUACUGACAGGCCACGUAACGAGAGUUCUCCGGUUAACCGGACAUCGGAACGGAAUGGGAACAGCACCGGAAACGGAGCCUCGCCGGAGCGGCCUGAGGGGGCACGUGACCAGAGACUGGAUGUACUGUUCAUCGACGUGGACGCGGGGGAUGCCAGUCUGAGCAUGAGCUGCCCCGCACCCGCGUUCCUCGAAAAGGACUUUCUGCUGACGUGUCGAGCCGCUCUACGUGACGGCGGCAUGUUUGUGGUGAACGUCGUCUCCCGCGCCGCAGCGCCAUACGCAUCGGCCUGCGCCAUACUCAAAGAGGUAUUCCACGACGUUUACGAAUUUGAUGUCGACGGGGACGUGAAUCGCAUCCUGUUUGCCCUCCGCCGAACGGAAUCUGGUCAGAUAAGUAGUCGGUCUCUAAGCGAAAGCGCGGCGCAACUUCUUAGGAUGGGCAAAAACCAUGGGCCAUGGGGCCGAGGGCCUUUGCUAACCAAUCUAGCCGAGGGUAUCAAGAAACUCGCUUAGUUCGACUGUCGCUGCCUAAUCUUUCUUGGCGGGUAUAAAUCUGACGUGGCAGAAGUGCUCACCAUUACCUCCAUAGGCAUAUGUUAUGAGACAAGCACGGAGUCGUGGAAAAGAAUGGUCAUUGAUUAAGUAGAACAAGACCCAGAACCAGGGCGCCACGGAGGCCUGACGCUAACGAAAGUCAGAGCACUGCUACUAGCAUUGGACAAUGGGUUUUGACGCACCGGGUGUCAAUAUCCUGCUUUUGAAAACUAAAGGUUGUGCAGUCACGUGCUCCUUUGAGGGCAUGUGAGAAUUUGCACAGGCUUGGAUUUGGAUACGUGCAAUCAGAAAGAAGUUGCCAUCGGGAGGCAGCAUGCCGGCCCAGGCUUCUGCAAACGUAUACUGCAUGGG